AUGGCAUUGCGUGGCGAACAGGGAAUUGAGCGUCCACUAAUGCAGCUGAUUACUCUGUUUCAGGUGUCAAUGAUCCUGCAGUCGUUCCUUGCAUUUCGGUCGGCUGCUUCCUUUACUGCUCAUGGACGCUUUGGAAAAGGCAUCCCAUUGACAAGACAUCAUCAGAUACGACAUUUAAAUCGGUUUCUAUUUGACCCCGAAGAAGUGCUCGUCGAUGACAAUGCUACCAAAAAGUAUGUGACACUCUCCAAAGACGACUAUCGAACAAUCCAUGCGUCCAAAAUUUUGGGGUUGCACAAUGGCGACACGCUUCGGGCCGGAGUGGUUGGAUGUUCGGACCUAAAUGGUACCGGGAGUGGUGGGUAUCUGACUGACCAUGCCGUCGUUGAAUGGAUUCCCGAAGGCAAAGUAAAAAAGGCAGAGCCAUUGGGCAAUGGGAAUCCCCCAGGGUCCCUCAGGAUUGAAUUGUCGGAUCUCUCUCCUUGUCCAGACUCGCAAGUGCCAACUGUAGCUCUAUUGCUGGCAUUACCACGGCCGUUGCAAUUGGGCAGAAUGCUGCCCAUGAUCGCCCAAAUGGGUGUCAGCCAUUUGAUUUUAUCACAGGCCAAAAAGGUACCCAAAGAUUACUUUGGCUCGCACCUCUUUCGAAAGCCGCACUUGCUGCGAGAGCGGCUCAUUGAAGGCCUCUGCCAAGCGGGAGAUGUUCGGUUGCCUAACAUAACCAUUGUCAAGAAUCUGAAGCAUUUCUUGGCAGAAGAUAUUGACGAGAUGUUUCCAUUGACUGACUAUGCAAGAGUUAUAGCCCAUCCACAACGGAAGGAAGACGAUGAAAUCAGGCGGAUGCGAAACGUGGAGUUUCCAACAUCGACAACAACUACCCCUCGAAUAUUGAUGGCCGUUGGGCCGGAGGGUGGGUGGGAAGAGCCAGAGGAAUUGGAUCGAUUUCAGGAGCUUGGCUUUCAGCAAAUCACCAUGGGAAACAGGGUACUUCGAAGCGACUGUGCUGUGGUUAGUCUACUGGCACUGGCUCAUGACGCUUGUAGCAACGACUAA